UACGUGGAAGUUUUCGAGCCGGCUGACGUCUAAGUCGUGUUCUGACUACGUCUGAUAUUAAAGUUUUUCGUGUUAAAUCUUCAAGUUUAAUAUUUAUUAAAGUAAUUAAGGUAGAAACUUCUUCACCUCGAAGAGGCCAAGUGUGACUACAUUUUGUCAUGGCGACCUUUCAAGAAUACAUACAACAGAACGAAGACAGGGAUGGCGUACGAUUUUCAUGGAAUGUAUGGCCAUCAAGUAGACUGGAAGCCACAAGGCUUGUUGUCAAUCUUGCGUGUUUAUAUACUCCGCUCAAGGAAAAACCAGACUUGCCUGCAAUUACUUAUGACCCAGUUAUGUGCACACGUGGAAAUUGUAAAGCAAUCCUAAAUCCUUUAUGUCAAGUUGACUACAGAGGAAAAUUGUGGCUUUGCAAUUUUUGCUUCCAGAGAAAUCCGUUUCCACCCCAAUAUGCUGGAAUUUCGGAAGUAAACACACCAGCAGAGUUGCACCCACAAUUCUCAACAAUUGAGUAUACCCUUACGAGAUCACAAACUUUACCACCCAUCUUCCUUUUGGUGGUUGAUACCUGCGUGGAUGAGGAUGAGCUGAUGACAUUGAAAGAAUCCCUUCAGAUGUCUUUAUCCCUGUUGCCACCAAAUGCUUUGAUUGGGCUAAUUACAUUUGGCAAAAUGGUUCAGGUUCAUGAACUUGGGUGCGAUGGAAUUGCGAAAUCCUACGUUUUCCGCGGCACUAAGGAUUUCUCAGCUAAACAAGUACAGGACAUGCUGGGUCUAGGCAAAGGUGGUGGCGGAGGAGGAGGUGGUGGCAACAUUCCUUCCGGCCAAAUGGGUCAGCCUGGAAUGCCCGGUAUGCCUGGCCAACCUGGACCCGGUAUGCCUCCCGGUUCAGGUGGUCCCAUGGGUGGACCAAUGGGUGCCCGAGGACCUGGCGGCCAGUCCGUUCUUCCGCCGAGCCGUUUCUUGCAGCCAGUGCACAAAUGCGACAUGUAUUUAACAGAUCUUUUGGGAGAGCUGCAGCGUGACCCUUGGCCUGUUCCACAAGGCAAACGUCCUCUGCGCUCAACUGGGUCCGCGCUAUCCAUUGCUGUUGGCCUGCUUGAAUGCACAUUCCCAAAUACCGGCGCCCGUAUCAUGCUGUUUGCUGGCGGUGCUUGUUCUCAGGGGCCCGGUAUGGUCGUUAACGAUGACCUGAAGCAACCCAUUCGUUCCCAUCACGAUAUCGACAAGGAUAACGCAAAGUUCAUGAAGAAGGCCACUAAGCAUUACGAAGCAUUGGCCAGUCGUGCAUGCGCCAAUGGCCACGCAAUCGACAUUUAUGCUUGCGCCCUUGAUCAAACUGGAUUGCUGGAAAUGAAAUCGUGCUGUAAUACAACUGGCGGCCAUUUGGUGAUGGGAGAUUCUUUCGGCUCAUCACUUUUCAAGCAAACGUUCCAGCGCGUAUUUGCCAAGGAUGCUCGUAACGAAUAUAAAAUGGCCUUUAAUGCUCUUUUGGAAGUGAAGACGUCUCGCGAACUCAAAGUAUGCGGUGCCAUUGGACCCUGUGUUUCGAUGAACGUCAAAGGACCAAACGUAUCCGAAACAGAACUAGGAAUUGGAGGCACUUCGCAAUGGAAAUUUUGUGCUCUAGGAACAAAUACAACACCGGCCGUGUUCUUUGAAGUCGUCAAUCAGCACGGGGCACCUAUUCCACAAGGAGGCCGAGGGCACAUUCAAUUUAUCACACAGUAUCAGCAUUCGAGCGGCCAAAAACGUGUUCGAGUAACAACAGUCGCUCGUAAUUGGGCCGAUGCCGUUACGAAUUUACCCAACAUUACGGCCGGCUUCGACCAGGAAGCGGCUGCCGUCCUUAUGGCUCGCCUUGCCGCUUUCCGCGCUGAUUCUGAUGAAGGACCUGAUGUCCUUCGUUGGCUCGACCGCAUGCUUAUUCGCUUGUGUCAGAAAUUCGGUGGAUAUUCGAAAGACGAUCCGAACAGCUUUAAUAUUGCAGAGAACUUCUCCCUCUAUCCGCAAUUCAUGUUCCAUCUCCGAAGAUCACAAUUUCUUCAGGUUUUCAACAAUAGCCCGGAUGAAACCACAUUUUACAGGCAUAUGCUCAAUCGUGAAGAUCUGACGCAGGCCCUCAUCAUGGUUCAGCCCAUUUUGUACAGCUAUAGUUUCCACGGUCCACCCGAACCGGUCCUGUUGGACUCAUCGUCUAUCCAGCCCGACCGCAUCUUGCUGAUGGAUACAUUUUUCCAGAUUGUCAUUUACCAUGGCGAGACGAUCGCCCAAUGGCGAGCGGCAGGCUAUCAAAAUUUGCCGGAAUACGAAAACUUUAAGCAGUUGCUGCAAGCCCCGAUCGAUGACGCCCAAGAUAUUUUGCAAUCACGGUUCCCUAUGCCGCGUUACAUUGACACGGAGCACGGAGGCUCACAAGCCCGCUUCCUCCUCUCCAAAGUCAAUCCAUCGCAAACUCACAACAACAUGUUCACAUACGGCGGGUCGGCGCCCACUCAUUCGGAUGGAGGAGCUCCGGUCUUGACUGAUGACGUCAGUUUACAGGUCUUCAUGGAACAUUUGAAGAAACUUGCCGUCUCGUCAACUGCUUAGAAGACAAAACCUAGAACGAAACUGAAAUACCCAUUAUAGAAUAAAAAGAAAUGAAUAAAACAAAAAUGAAUAGAUUGUAUAAUGAGAAAAAAAAUUUAUGCGUUAUCGACGAGGAAUUCUGUCUUCAUUGUUUCGGUUAAAAACAAGUUUUUUUUUGUCCGUUUUCAAUUGCUGCUGCUCAGCUUGUAUCGGUCCACAUGUUUGGGGCUUUACCGUAAAUAAAUUUGCUGUUUUUCCGA